AUGUCUCAGGAUCAGUUGGUAGACUUGAUAGUACAGAAGUUCGUCGGAAGUUCAUUCGUAUCGUUAGAAUUUAUUCCUAUUGCUUGGCUGUCUGACUUUGUUGUCAAAAUCAAAGUUCCACUUGAAAAUGAAAUCGACUUCCUUUUAAUUGCACUGUCUGCAACCUUAACGCUUUCAGAAGAGAGUGUAGAAGAUGAUGCAGCGGCAGAAGCGGCCGCAGAAGGAACGGAGGAAGCAGACGAAGCUGAAAAAGACGAAGCUGAGAACGACGAAGCCAGUGACGACGAAGUGAAAGAGGAAGACGAUGUUUUGGUUCUAACAACCAAAACAUUCGACUCUGUGGUGAACGAUAAAGAUAUCAUACUAGUCGAGUUCUACGCACCAUGGUGUGGCCACUGCAAACAGCUAGCCCCGCAAUAUGCCAAAGCUGCCAAAAGAAUGAAAGAGAAUGAUCCUCCUGUACCAUUUGCUAAAGUUGAUGCCACCGAAGAAAAAGAUCUUGGGUCACGGUAUGAAGUCAGCGGCUACCCUACUCUGAAGGUCUUUCGCAAGGGAGAAGCACAUGAUUAUGAUGGGCCCCGAGAUGAAGAAGGUACAGAAGACAAGCAUAAUGAAAAAAAAUGUUUGAACCCUUUAACUUCUAUGGCGAAUGGCAGUUUUUCCCAAAUCAGUAUUAAAAAAAUGAUAAAUAAAUAAAUAAAUUAAUUAAUUAAUAAAGACUCUCUACCUGUGUACAAUAUUAUAUGCCAUUCAAAAGCCACUGAUCAGGUUAUUUAAGAAUUGACAUUUAUUCAGCAGC